GUAUUAAUACAUAUAAAAAUGUUUUUGUAUUGUAAAGUCUAAGCGCUUUAUACCAUACAUACCAUACAUACUGUUUAGUAUUGUAUUGUCAAACACAUUGACUUUCGGGUCUCGAAAGAUAUAUAUACUAAAUAGUGUCUACAAUCGGGUGAAUCACGAGACAAUCACCGAUAGUGACCACCACUGCCACCACCAACAACCACAACCAUGGCCUGUGUGCUAAUGGUAGCCGAAAAGCCAUCGCUGGCCCAAUCGUUGGCCCAAAUCCUAUCCAAUGGUAAACUCCGGACCCGUAAGUCGACGGCCAACAGUGCCUGCAGUAUACACGAGUAUCGGUCCUCAUUUCGUGGCCAACGGGAUACGUUGUUCAAGUUUACAUCGGUUUGCGGACACGUUAUGUCAACGAAUUUUACCGGCAAAUACAACAACUGGGACGCCAUCGAACCGGUCGAACUGUUUGACUGUCCAGUGGUCAAAGAGGAGGCCAACCCGAAGCUAAAUAUGUUGAAAUUUUUGCAGAAAGAGGCCCGCGGAUGCGAUUAUCUGGUCCUAUGGCUCGACUGCGACAAAGAGGGCGAAAAUAUUUGCUUCGAAGUUAUCAAUGCUGUCGAGUCGUCGAUGAAGAUAUCGUUCGGCAGUCCGCAGACUGUAUUUCGGGCAAAGUUUAGCGCAAUUACCGAAAAAGAUAUCAAACAGGCUAUGAGUUCACUGGUAUUACCGAAUGAAUUGGAAUCUAUGUCUGUCGAUGCCCGACAAGAACUAGAUUUGCGUAUUGGAUGCGCUUUUACCAGAUUUCAGACCCGAUUUUUUCACGGAAAGUACGGCGAUUUGGACAGUUCGCUGAUAUCGUUCGGUCCGUGUCAGACACCGACACUCGGCUUCUGUGUCGAACGACACGACCGAAUACAGACAUUCAAACCCGAACCCUAUUGGGUGUUGAGUGUUAGUGUACAGUCGACUACUGGAAAUACGGCACCGAUAGCAUUGGAUUGGGACAGGAGUCGAGAGUUUAGCCAAAAUCAAGCGAAAUCCUACUUGAAUUCAGUAAAAUCGCAAAAAAGGGCCAAAAUUUUGUCCAUUAAUACGAAAGACAAGACCAAAGGUCGCCCGAAUGCCUUGAAUACUGUGGAACUGUUGAAGAUUUGCAGCUCAGGUCUGGGCAUUGGUCCGCAUACGACAAUGCAAAUUGCCGAACGACUGUACACUCAGGGCUAUAUCAGUUAUCCUCGAACUGAGACCACCCAAUACCCGAGUAAUUUCGAUUUGAUUGGUACGUUGCGUAUACUAUCGGCCGAUAACAACUGGGGUCAGGAUGUCAAGCAGCUGAUCGAGUCGGGAAUAUCCCGACCGAAAGGCGGUCACGAUGCCGGCGAUCAUCCGCCUAUUACGCCGAUGAAGUUGGCCCAACAACACGAACUAUCCGAUCGGGAUUCGUAUCGUAUUUACGACUAUAUUUGUCGACAUUUUAUCGGCAGUAUUAGUCCGGAUAUGCGCUACAGUCAGACAACGCUGACAUUUGGUAUCGGUUCGGAAACAUUUUCAAAACAAGCAUCAAUGGUAACUGAUCCCGGAUUUACCCGAUUUAUGACCUGGCAGGCUAUUGGCAACGACCAGCGUAUACCAUCGAGUCUACGGGUUGGCGACGAAUUUCUGAUAACUGACGCCAAACUAGUCGAACGUAUGACUACACCACCCGAUUAUUUGACCGAAUCAGAACUGAUCUCAUUGAUGGAAAAGCAUGGCAUCGGUACCGAUGCUUCCAUACCGACUCAUAUCAAUAAUAUUUGUCUAAGAAAUUAUGUUAAGAUAUCGACUGGCCGUCGGCUAAUUCCCACACAAUUGGGUAUUGUUUUAGUUCACGGCUACCAGAAAAUCGACAUCGAUUUAGUGCUGCCAACCAAACGGGCAGCGCUGGAAAAACAAUUGAACGAAAUAGCAGCCGGUCGGGCCGACUUUGAUCGGGUACUUAACAAAACUAUCGAUGAAUUUUGCAAGAAAUUCAAAUAUUUUGUCGAUAAUAUACCGGCAAUGGAUCAACUGUUUGAGGUAUCGUUUUCAUCGCUGGCCGAUUCGGGUAAACCGAUAUCCCGAUGCGGUAAAUGUCGCCGCUAUUUGAAAUUGAUUCAGGCCAAACCGCAGCGGGUCUAUUGCGCCACUUGUAACGAUACGUAUUCAAUACCGCAAAACGGCUUAAUUAAGACCUACAGGGAGUUGCGCUGUCCUAUCGAUGACUUUGAGCUUCUCUACUAUACGAAGACAGGAGGCGGCGGAGGAGAUAAAAGUUUUGUACUUUGUGUCCACUGUUUUAAUGAACCGCCAUUCGAGACGAUGCCGAAAGCUAGCGGCUGUAAUCAGUGUCCGAACGAUGAAUGUCGACACUCAAUGGUAGCCAAUACGCUAACCGAUUGCCAAAACUGUCGACACAAUGGCCAGCUAGUAUUGGAUCCGGGUUCGGGUCCGCCCACUUGGAAGAUUGCCUGCAAUAAGUGCCAGUUUUCGAUGUCGGCCUUCAAAGAUGCACAAAAAGUUACGGUCGAACGGGAUUUGUGUCAGAAAUGCGGGCGAAAAUUGUGUUCAAUUGAAUACAAACCGGAUAAGUCUCGGCUGAAAGACGGUAGUCAACAGUUUCAGGGAUGUGUCUGGUGUUCGGAUGAUUAUUCAUCGCUGGUUCAGGCAAUGGACAGAUUGCAGAUCAACUUUUCCAAUAGAGCUACAGCAGGAGGUGCUGAUGGCGGCGGCACUGAUGGUCAUUAUAACAAUCAUUUUGAUUCUGGACGUCGCGGUGGCGGCGGUGGUCGCGGAGGAGGAGGAGGAUAUGGAGCUCCAAGAAGUAGAGGUAGAGGUCGUGGUGGACGAGGAAGAGGAGGAGGAGGUAGUAGUUUUGGAGAAGACGGUGGUCGCGGAUCUUCCAGAGGAGGCGGUAGAAGAGGCAGAGGUGGUCGCGGAAGAGGUCGAAGAGGAAGAGGUGGUGGCGACGAUAGCGGUGACGAAGACUAUGGCUAUUCAGCACCGAAAGGAGCGAUGACUCUCUCGGACUUUCUCUGAAUUAAUAAUUAAUUAAUUUUUUAAUUAUUUUGUUUUCAUAUUUUUUUUUUGUAUUUCUAAUUGUAAUUUAUUUUUUAA